AACCACAUCCACCUUACCAUCACACUCUUUCAAGAGCAUUCGCUCGUUCCAUUCCCUUGUCUAUACAGACUACACUCUCUUUCUUUCAGCAACCCUUAAGCCCUGGUAGGCUUUUGUUCAAGGCGCUCUAGCAGCAGCACUUUUUUACGCUCUUCCAAUUCACAACAAAAGAUCUUGAAGGUUUUUCUAUCUUUCUCAUCAUCACUCUUGAAAAGAUGUCUUCUGUCAACACCAAGUUCGCCAUCCUGGCCCUUGCUGGCUCUGCCGUCGCCAUUCCCAGCUUCAACCACGGUGGUCACCACGGCAAGCACCACCGCCACAACAAGCACUUCUUCGGCUCCUCUGGAGUUGCUACCGGUACUGGGGCUCCCUAUGGCAUGGCCAACGCUACUGGCAUCUGGGGCACUGGCACUGCCGUCAGCUCUAACGGUCUCGUCGCUUCAUCUGGUCUCCCCCACUCUUUCGUUCACCCUUCUGCUGUUGGUCCUCACACUGGUUCCUCCGAGGUCGCCGGUGUUUCUACCAGCAUCUGCACUGACUCUGUAGUGAGCGUCACCCACACCAACCGCGUCACCGUCACUGUCCAUGCUUCUUCUGCCGAGGCCGCUGCUGUCCAGACCACUUUCAGCACCAAGCCCUACAGCAGUUCUGCCGUCCUCUUCAGCAGCUCCGUCGCUCUCAGCAGCGCCGUGGUCUUUGAAAGCAGCUCUACUUCCGCCAGCAGCUCCGUGUCCGUCGUGUCUGUUCCUACCAGCAGCGCCUUUGCCUCGGUCGACCUCGAGCUCCAGAACAAGGGUCACCGCAAGUGGACUCGCUCCUCCACUGAUGCUGCUUCCACCGCUGCCGCUCAAACUUCGGCCGCUCAGACCUCGGCCGCUGCUCAGUCCACCAGCCAGGCAUCCGUUGCUCCCGUCUCGACCAGCUCCAGCUCUACUACCAGCACCAGCAUCUACGUCGCACCUACCUCUGCCGUCGUUGUCAGCAGCUCUUCAGUCCAGGCCACCUCAACUUCGUCCUCCGCUGUUGCCCAGUCAAGCAGCACCGGCAAUGGCAAGCGUGGUCUCGCAUACAACACCGCCUCUCUGCUCACCUGCUUCGAGAACAACAACCACAUCACCUGGGGUUACAACUGGGAUUCUGACAGCGCCGGCCUGUCAAGCAGCUUCAACUACGUUCCUCUUCUCUGGGGCACCACCAACGGCCACACCGAAGUCUGGAACCAGCGCGCCACUUCUGCCAUUGCUAGUGGCUCCACUCACCUGAUGUCUUUCAACGAGCCCGACAUGACCGCUCAAGCCAACAUGUCUCCCGAAGACGCGGCUUCGGCCUUCAAGACCUACAUGAUGCCCUUUGCCGGGCAGGCCAAGCUUGGUGCCCCUGCCGUUACCAACGGUGGUGGUAGCAUGGGACUCAACUGGCUCAGCGCCUUCCUCGAGGCCUGCGAUGGCUGCCAGAUCGACUUCGUCAGCAUCCACUGGUAUGACAGCGCAUCCAACACUGCCUACUUCAAGGAGCACGUCCAGAACGCCACUACCGUGGCUGGCGGCAAGCCCGUCUGGGUCACCGAGUUCGCACCCACCGGCGCCUCUGACUCCCAGGUCGCAACCUUCCUUGAAGAUGUCAUGCCCUGGAUGGACAGCCAAGACUUUGUCGAGCGCUACAGCUACUUCAUGGCCUCUGACGGCGCCCUCAUCAGCGGCACUGAGCCUUCAACCUUCGGUCAGACUUACGCCUCCUAGAGUGAUUGGGAGUAGUAGCUAUUGAAUGGCAGCUUCCACAAAUGUGAUUAACGAAUGGGAAUUGGCAUAUGGUGUGGGAUUCGGGAAGGAAAAUGGGAUGAUCGGAUGGAUCAUCAUGCAACGAAUUCGCACGACUGGGACGGGCAAGGACUGGUUUCUGCUUGACGGAUUAUGGAUAAGGUGGAUAACAUAGAAUUACAGCGAGUAACAAACUGUGAUACAAACA